ACUCGCCAUAAGACUGAAAGUAACUAUUCAGACAUAUUGCAAGUGAAUGGAUGUUAUCAACAACUGUUACCCUACUUGUUCACAUGUGUCCCUCAUAUGCAUAUUUACAUAUCAUAUAUGUAUAUAUGUAUUUAGUGUAUGUGCUUGGGGGAUACGCUUGUGUGUAUGAGUGUGUAUGUGCGUGCCUGCAUAUGUGUGUGUGUGUGUGUGUGUGUGUGUGUGCACGAGGCGUGUAUCAUUGUGCUAUUGAAUUUAACUAUCGAAGGCGUUAAGGUGUGUUUUAGCUAUAUGUCACUUGUUCGAACAAUUUCUCAACUGUCUAUUGGCUUGUUUUUCCUGAUAAAAAGGCAACAAUUGUUUGUUUUAUGAUUUUAUAGAUCUUUGUUACUGAUCAGUCCUUUUACCUAACUAGUUCACUGCCUCAUUCAAGAAAUACUUAUUGCUACAUGAAUAACGACUUGAAACUGUUCACAUCACACCAAAUAAGGAAUGGACACCUACCGCAAGAUAUUUUUCAUCUUUGUCAUAUUCAUAGUAGUAUGCAUUUCUUUUUAUAUUUCUCAAUUUGAAUAUAAUCUCAAGAACGUACAAAACAUUUGGAAUUUGACUUCAACAACUAAGCAGUAUGUUUCCUACACAAGGAAUACCUCUCGAUUGUUUCCAGGUAAUCAACCUGAAAACGAUCGUAUCGAAGCUCAAAUGAAAUAUGUCCUACCAGGAGAGGAAAGAUGGGAAAAUUAUACACGGAAUACGCACCAAAAUCAAUCAGAUUCUGAUCGAAAUGUAAAGUUAAAGCCAAUUAGACCAAAGUUUAAAACGUUGUUAAUAUACAGUUUCAGAUAUCUGCAACCAUUGAAGGAAAAUCAAACGAGUUUCCUGGAAUAUAAAUGUCCAGUUAAUGAAUGUUUAGUCACAAACAACAAAGCAAUGCAAAAUAGUGUAGAUGCUAUUUUCUUUUAUGAGAAAGUGGGACUAUCACAGAAACCAACCCACACGAACCAAAUAUGGAUUUAUAUGACACAAGAGUGUCCUUUUUUUCAACCCCCAGUGACAACCUGGGAAACAAAAUCAAACUGGACGAUUAUUAUCCGGCAUGACAGUACGAUUGUAUAUCCUUACGAGAAAUUUCGAUAUUUUAACAAGUCAGUAAGACAAAAAGUACAAUUUCAAAAUUAUGCAACGGGAAAAACAAAGAAGGUUGCUUGGUUCGUAUCGAACUGUGGUCCAAGCAACAAUCGCAUGGGUUAUGCUAAGGAGCUCGGAAAAUAUAUCCAGGUGGAUAUUUAUGGUAGAUGUGGUACAAAAGUUUGCAAAAGAGAGGAUAAAUAUAGUUGCUUUGAGAUGUUGAAAAAGGAAUACAAAUUUUAUUUGGCAUUCGAAAAUUCCAAUUGUAGAGAUUAUAUUACUGAAAAAUUCUUCAUUAAUGGUUUGAAAUAUAAUGUUAUUCCAAUUGUAAUGGGUGCCCAUCCUCACGACUAUCGUGAAGUAGCACCCGAGAAUUCGUACAUCCACUACGAGGAUUUCAAAUCCCCAAAAGAAUUGGCAGAUUAUCUGCAUAAACUUGAUAAAAAUGAUACUCUUUACAAUGAGUAUUUCAAAUGGAAAGGAACAGGAGAAUUUAUUGAUACCAAAUUUUGGUGUCGUGUUUGUGCGAUGCUACACGCUGCCGAUUAUUACAAGCCGUCAUGGUAUGAAAACGUAUGGGAAUGGUGGGCAGGAAAGGGUAAGUGUAUUGGAAAGAACCGGUGGACAUAAAACAUAGGAUAUUGUGAUAUAAUGUCCAUGAUGUAGUCAUUGAGCGGGAUAAAAUAUAUUGAGAGAGAAAGAGAGAGAGAGAUACAGAGAGAGAUUAAGAGGAGGCAGGAAAGUUAUGGAAGAGAUAAAAGAACUUGAAAACUGCAAAUUCUUACGAAAAUAAGAAAACCCUUUAAAAUUAUUUAAAAUUUUCGGCAAAGUUUUGUCAUGAUUAAAUUUAAUGUUCCCUUCUUGGGUAAUCUU